ACCCAGCGCGGCGUUCUCGUGAAUUCACACCCGCUCCUUUCUUCUCGUCAGCCAUGGCGAUGUUUGGAAAGGUGUUGGAGCCGGUGGGCUACAUGCAGACCGUGAGGGUCCUGGUCCAGAGCAUCUGCUCCUAUCUGGGCGGCAGCGCCACGGCGGAGGAGAGCGCGGCGGCCCAGAAGGACCUGGACCACAUCGACCAGGAGCUGGGGGCCUCGAGCCACGGCCUGCUGGACGACCAGGAGGUCCACCGGCUGGAGGACGACCUGGCCGUGGUGUACUACCAGCUGGGCGCGGCGGUGCGGGCGCAGCCAGCGUUCACCCAGAGGGAGACGGAGGUGUUCCUGCAGUACUUCCAGGACCACCGUCUGGAGCGCCAGCUCACGGCGCUCUACGGCCGCCUGAUGGGCGUGUCGGCGCUCACCGACCAGCCCGCGCUGCUGGAGGAGCUCAUCCUGAGCCGCAAGCCCAAGCGCUGGGAGAUGAGGGAGUUCUGCGUCAAGAUUAACUUCGUGCUGGGCACCGGGCUGCUGUGCCUCUUCACGCAGGCGGCGCUGACGGGCCGGGACCGCGCCCUGCUGAUGAAGACCUGGUCCGAGCGCAUGGGCGCCCUCUACAGGAAGAUGAAGAACUCGGGAGGCCGCUGCCUGAGCUACUUCCUGGAGCAGGCGGAGGGCGACGUGCGGCAGCAGCUGCAGGAGGCCGUGCAGAGCCGCUCGCCGCCGGAGGAGGCGGCGGCGAGCAUCCUGAAGACCCUGGAGAAGAACUACGACUGGCUGCGCUGGGCGGUGAUGCUGCACCCCGCCGUGGGGCCCAUGGAGGACGGGGCGGAGGAGGCGGAGGACGCAACGGAGGUCGCCGCCAUCGACGCCACGCCGCCGCCGCACGACAAUCUGAUCUCCGUGGCGUCCGAAGCGCCCGUCCCCCACGUGGUGGCGUGUUACCGCGACGCGCCCGCGCCGCUGGACAAGAGCCGCAUCCACCAGCUCAUCGUGGACCUGGAGUGGAAGAUCCCCAACCCGCCGCCGGAGGUGUACGCCUCCAUCGAGGAGGACCCGGGCCGCGCCCGCCGCUACCUGGCGGCGCGCAUGCUGAGGAAGCUGCGGGACGGGCUGGGCGCCAGCGUGGCGGUCCACGUGGUGCCGGGCCGCAUGGAGAUGAAGUGCAACUUCCCGCCGGCCUCCUACUACCUCUACGAGUACAAGCACCGGCUGGCCUCGGGCACCGUGUGCGUGUUCGGCUGAGGCGCGGCGCGGCGGCGUGCUACUUCCUAAUAAAUGUUGUUUUAGAGAAAUAUAUAACGGGUUAUUUCUUUAUUUUUAAGCCUUCCUUUAAAGCAAAAUAAAUCCCAGCCUAUGCAACA